CAUUGGAGGCGGUGCAUCGCUUCGUUUUGGAAAACAUAGUUAUAUAGAGCAUGCCACGCCCAACUUACCACUUGUUGAUCUUGGCCUGCGUCAGCAAUCAAUCAGCCUUUUCUACCAAUCCUCCAUCAAUCAAACGCUAUCAUCAAAAGCAAAACUACAAGUAGUUAUCCAUCACCACAUUCGCAACCACAGCCCCUCACUCAACUCUCGAUAACAACAUCACCGCCAAAAUUACGAAUUACUACACGAAUUACUACACAACCACCAUUCAAAACCCCCCAAACCGCAACAAUGGCCAAAGCAACAUACGCACCCUCCACCUUCUCCGAGACCUCAACCAUCUGCUCCUUUGAAAAGGAAUCCUUCGAAAAGGACCCCGCCGCGACAGCAGCAGCACCCGCCGUCAAGGAACGCCGCUCCCUCCGAUCAAGAGUCAAGAAGGCCCUCCGCGAGGUCGGAAACCCGCCCACCUACCGCUACGACCUCGAGCACGGCAUCGAGACCAAGAGGACGGUGCCCGUCGGUCCCAUGGGCUUCAACGAUGAGCGAUAA